AGGCUUUCUGUCAUUUGCAGAAAACUUAAAAAAAUAUUUGGUAAUUUCGUACGUAAAAUGGACUUCAAUCAUUAUGUUGAUGGGGCUCUCACCUCACUUUUGGACACUGCCAAAUUCCUUAAGGAAAUAAGCGAUUCCGUGUCGGAUUUGGGUGGUGGUGAUGAAAUUCGUAAUUUGGUAGAGGAAAACGCCAGUUCGCGUGUGGAACAAGCCGAGAAGAUUAUUGAGCUGAAGACAAAACACAAGGGACACUUGGAGGCGAUGCAGCAGGCCAAAGACGAAAGCACCACCGUUGAGGAGUUCGAGCGGAUUUGGGAGGAGCGCCGGGAUGCACUGGACCGGAAGCCCAUUGAUGUGAAGAGCGCUGCCGAGUAUCAGAGCUUCAAGCGGGCCGUGGAAUCAACGCUGGCACAACCGGAAGCUAACGAGACCGGCGACGACGACGUAGUCCCAAUGGAGUUGCCGGGGGUCAAUGUCUUCUCACCAUACGAUCCCUGGACCAAGGCGCUUAUAAAGAACCCCGUGCGCAACAAAGUGUGUGGGCACAUCUACGACCGCGACUAUGUCCACAGCCUCAUCAAGGACAACAUCGGUAUUCGCUGCCCAGUGGCCGGCUGCGCCAAUCGAGCUUACAUAAACCCAGGCCACUUGAUCGAGGAUGCGCAAAUCAGACACAAGAUGCGCCAGGUAAUGAACCAGAUUGCAAAGGUUGAUAUAGACGAGGUAUCUUCCGACGACGAGGAAUCCAAAUAGAAGGGUUAAUGGACUGGACCAUUACCUUCCCUUAAAUCUAAGAAAAUAUUUGAUUUUCGACUUUUUGACUUUAAGAAUGUAUUCACAUGUAACCACCAAGGCACUACAAUGAAAAUGAAAUCCACAUUGAUUGAUUUUUAAAUACAUAUUGAAAACCAUUUUGCAUUAGA